AUGCUGGAGUCACCCGGCUCUAUAGGUGUGGACGGAGGAUAUGCCAGUAAUGUGCCGGCUUUCCUUACCAAGCUGUGGACACUGGUGGAAGACCCAGAGACCAACCAUCUCAUCUGCUGGAGCAGUACUGGUACCAGUUUCCAUGUCUUUGAUCAAGGCAGUUUUGCCAAAGAGGUUCUGCCCAAAUACUUCAAGCACAACAACAUGGCCAGCUUUGUGCGCCAACUCAACAUGUACGGCUUCAGGAAGGUGGUGAAUAUUGAACAAAGUGGACUAGUAAAGCCAGAGAGAGAUGACACAGAGUUUCAGCAUCUUUACUUCCUUCAAGGCCACGAGCAUCUGCUGGAACACAUAAAGCGCAAGGUAUCUAUUGUAAAAAGUGAGGAGACCAAGGUCCGACAAGAGGACUUGAGUAAACUCCUGUAUGAAGUACAAGUGCUUCGCAACCAGCAAGACAAUAUGGAGUGCCAGAUGCAAGACAUGAAACAACAGAAUGAAGUUCUCUGGAGGGAAGUGGUGUCAUUAAGGCAACAUCACACACAGCAGCAGAAAGUGGUAAACAAACUGAUUCAGUUCCUGUUUAGCCAGAUGCAGGGCAGUCCAAACAGCACAGUAGGAACCAAGAGAAAAUUGCCUCUGAUGUUGGAUGAUGGUUCCACCACUCCUCCAGCCACAACAUUCAGUCACAGUCAUUCUAUGGAGCCCAUACAGGAGCCUUUCUACAUCCAAUCGCCAUCAACAGAUGUCACAUCAUGUUCCAGUAUUAGCACAAUGACAGGAGGGCCAGUCAUCUCAGAAGUUACAAACAUGGCACAGUCCAAUACAGUGGCUAUUCAAAUGGAGGAGUCAAGGCAAAGGUGUCUAAUGCUUAUUAAGGAAGAACCAGUGAGCCCAGAUCUGCGCAGGCGCGGUGAGGAUGUACCACCCAGCUCUUGUGAGGUGUGCGCUGAACCCCCCAUUCUUUCUCUGUCUAUGGUGCAAUCAGUUCUAGAUGGUCGAGGAUCAGGCUCUGGAGAAAAGAAGUUUAAGAGUACCAUGCUGAACAGGCCAGAAACGGAUGCUGUUGAAAAUGUGGACUUAAGUUUUGAGGAGCUGCAGCAACUGCUAAGGAGCCACCAGCAAAGUAUGGAGUCCAGCUCUGCAAAUAUAGAUCCUUUCACAUCGAGUUUGACUAUGAAUGAGUGGAACUUCACAGAGAUCGAUCCAAACCUCAAAUCAGAGCUGGCUAACAUCCUCAUCCCUGCUGCUAUGUCCCAGUACAUGUUUCAGAGUCAGGAGGGAGAGGUGUACACUGCUGCUGAGGAACAGUGA